AUGGCUGCUUCCAUCACCUCCUAUCCUUACCUGUAUCCUUACAACUUAAAUGUCGCUAACUUUGUGGCCAUUAAGUUGAAUCAAACCAAUUUUCUGAUACGGAAUACUCAGCUGCUUGGAUUCAUUGAGAGCCAAGACAUUACUGAGUUCAUUGAAGGAGAGAUGGCUGCACCUGAACCCACAAUCAAGCAUGUCAAGGAAGGUGGCAUGGUUGAGGAACGUGUGAAUCCAAACUAUCAAGCAACGCGAAAAUCAGAUAGUCUAUUGCGUGGAUGGAACACCGACACUCUCGCAGAAGAGGUGGGCACAAUAAUCAGGCUUCAGACAUCUAAAGAGGUUUCACUUGGCUUCGAACAUUUCUGCUUGUAUCCUUUCAGUAUACUGGUCUAUGAUGAAAACCAGUUUUGGAAAUCAUUUGCUGCCAUUGUUGGAGGUUCAAAGGUAUGAUCAAAGAUUGGAGUGAUUGAGUCGUUACUGGAAAAGGCUGAUAUUCUUCUUCUUGGUGGAGGAAUGAUUUUCACAUUUUACAAGGCACAAGGUCUUUCAGUGGGAUCAUCACUAGUGGAAGAGGAUAAGCUCGAUUUUGCUACCUCACUUCUUGAGGAAGCCAAAGGCAAAAGACUAUCUCUCUUGUUGCCCACUGAAGUUGUUAUUGCUGACAAUUUUGCUCCUGGUGCCAACAGCAAGAUCAUUCCAGCUUCUGCGAUCCCUGAUGGUUGGAUGGGACUUGAUAUUGGUCUCGACUCCAUCAAGACUUUCAGUGAGCCAAAGUCACCGAAAUCUACGGCCCCAAGGAAGUUAAAAAGAGAAGACGGCUAA